GGACGUACCGAGGCUACACAUAUUCAUGCAAAAGGAACCAAGAAAUACAGUUGUCUUCAAUUCGAGUAGCAGCGAACGACUACUACGGGGAGUUUUCUGUUACUUCAGUUGAAAAAGAAGUGCAUUACAACACUUUGAUUUCUGGAUCACGUGACUAUACCUAUUUGAGCCACUUGUCGUCUGGUCCUUUUAACUACGAAAACGCAAAAACGAAGUGCUUUAACAGCACCAGUGCGCGCACAUUUGAUGAGGGUACAGUCUUGUAUAUCGUCCUCAUGUGUACAAAUAUGGAAUUUUCAUGCGAUCUGUUGAUGGGCGUAGAUUUCAAAUGUGUGGAUGUGUGUGACAAUGUAUUUUGUGGUUCUCACGGCAAAUGCAUUUCAAAAAAGUGUGUUUGUAACGUCAAUUACACUGGAGAUAGGUGCGAAACCAUAGUGGACAAAUGUUAUGGCAUUUCUUGUGGUUCUCAUGGCGAAUGUAGAGAUGGAAUAUGUUUCUGCAGUUCUGGUUAUAGUGGAGAUAGAUGUGAACAUUUUGAUAAGUGCCAUAACAUUUCAUGUGGUUCUCACCGUACGUGUGACGAUGGAGUAUGCUUGUGCAAUGCCGGUUACAGUGGAGACAGAUGUCAACAUUUUGAUAGUUGUCAUAAUAUUUCUUGUGGUUCUCACGGCACAUGUAAAGAUGGAGUAUGUUUCUGCAGUCCUGGUUACGGUGGGGAUACAUGUCAAAAUACUAAUAACUGUCAUGGCGUUUCUUGCGGUCCUCACGGCAUAUGUAACGAUAAAGUGUGUUUUUGCAUUCCUGGUUAUAGUGGGGAGAGCUGUCAACAUUUUGAUACCUGCUAUGGCAUUUCUUGUGGUUCUCAUGGCAUCUGUAAAAACGGAGAAUGCUUCUGCUCUCCUGAUUACCACGGUCAUAAGUGUGAACAUUUUGAUAAGUGCCAUGGCAUUUCUUGCGGUCCUUACGGUACAUGUAGCUAUGGAAAGUAUUAUCGCCUUCCUCUCUACAGUAAAAGCAAGUGCCAAAAAGCAACCACAUCAAAUCUAGAAUCAACAAAUUAUACAACUAUCUUGUCCCGUGUAUCUCCCGAUUUAAUAUGGUUCGUACUAAUUCUUGUGCUAAUAAUUUUUCUUGUCCUCAUGUGCUAAAAAAAGCAGAAAAGAACUUUUUAAACUUUUGGUGCAGCAUAGAAUAAUUGGCAACUAGUGUCAAUGGUAUUUUUUCAAACCUCUUGAUGAUUAGUUAGCAUUGUCAAGACUCUGCAAUACUGCUAGUGGAUUUUGUUGUUGCUCUAGUAAUA